AUGAUAGUGGUAGACCAAGAAGUAAAGUCACAGAAGUACGCUUGCCACCUCAACAUCUACAAGACAGCACUUCCUCCCAUUCUAGCCAAGCGCAUACUAGACAAUGAACAAUGCUUUGGAAGAACAGCCGAGGAAAAGGCGAAGAACAGAUGGGAGUCAUGCCCAUACUUCUUCAGAGCAAUGGCCAACCUACAAGAUAUUGAGUCUUUCAAACUUCCGCGCCCUAGCUUUAUAGUCGUUGAAGACAUGGCCUCCGGACUCCAGAACCUACUCAAAAGACGACUCGAAGGAAUGUCUUUCUACUCCAUCCCCAUCCACUUUGACCAACUCCUUCAACUAUCAUCGUACAUUGUCACUUUUUGCAAUGAACCUGAAACUUUGGUCAACUUGAAUGCACCUCCUCGACACUGGUUGGUUGAUUCAUCAAUGGCUCGCUUCCUGCUUCAGGCGAUUGAAGAGGACUACAUCCGACCAAUUGAUUUCACUUACGACGACAUUGUAAUGAUCAUUGCCAACAGCCUCUUUAUGACUACAUCAAAAGUCUACCGAGCCCACCCAUACUACAUAUCGACUCCUCCUGUUUCCAAUGACAUGGCCACUCAAAGGAAACGUUGUGCCCUCUAG